UCGGGAAAGCGCGGCGCGGUCACGCGAUGCUCGCGUAGAGCCUGAGAAGAGUGAAGGCGAAAGCGUCAAAACGCACCAGGACUUGGACGGGAGCUUCCCGCUGGAGUAAAAAAAAUAUGAACAUUCCCUUAUUGGCGUGGGAAUCCGUUAAUAUGAGAUCAAAAAGAGGACAAUGAGAGCCGCGAUCGCUUCGCAGGAAGGUUAUUCCCUAAAAACACAAGCUUUGUGCAGAAUACAAGGAUAAUUGGAGUACACAGACUAAAACAAGCAAGUGAAGAUCCCGAGACGGUCAAACACAGUCCUGGCUUAUUUUUAAUUCUAAGAAAGACAUGGGGAGAUUUUCACCUCGGCAAAGCAGCACUGGCUGGAAGAUCUGACAAGCACACAGAGGGGAGAGUGAGUGAGGACCUGCAUAACUGUGGCUGCUUGUCAUCAUUUUUAAGCUGGUGGGCUUCUAUAUCACAGCUGAUGACUGCCCCUCCAGAGGUUGGAUUACAGGGGUUAGCGGCAAGCCUGAGUGUUUGCUAAGGGGCGUGCCCCAGCUUGUAUGUUGGUCACCUAGGCUCGCUCUUGCUCACAGGGAUCAUGUGGCUUUGUCCAAGGAGAAAUCGUUUCCCCUUGCAGAACUGGCACGGUGUCCACAAUUGCACCAAUUUCAGCGUGUCCUUGUGGGUUUUAAGCUUUUGUUUGUGCUUCGCAGCCCUGAGAAGUCAGAACUAUCACCCCACUGUGAACACACAGUAUGGGAAACUCCGCGGAGUGAGGGUGCCCCUGCCGAGUGAGAUCCUGGGGCCGGUGGACCAGUAUCUGGGGGUCCCCUACGCCGCUCCCCCCAUGGGAGAGAAGCGCUUCAUGCCCCCGGAGCCACCUUCUUCCUGGUCGGGGAUCAAGAACGCAACACACUUCGCCCCUGUCUGCCCCCAAAAUAUUCACAAUGCCGUCCCAGAAAUCAUGAUGCCAAUAUGGUUCACCUUUAACCUGGAUAUAGUUACAACAUACAUACAGGAUCAGCACGAAGACUGUCUUUACCUAAACAUCUAUGUUCCAACAGAGGAUGUCAAAAGAAUAUCCAAGGAAUGUGCGAGGAAACCCAACAAGAAAAUUUGUAGAAAAGGAGGGGCCCAUGCAAAAAAACAGGGCGAAGAUUUGUCGGAAAACGACGGUGACGAAGAUGAAGACAUACGAGAUACCGGGGCCAAGCCUGUGAUGGUGUACAUCCACGGAGGGUCCUACAUGGAGGGGACGGGCAACAUGAUCGAUGGGAGUGUCCUGGCCAGCUAUGGAAACGUCAUUGUUAUCACUCUCAACUAUCGAGUCGGCGUCCUCGGCUUCCUCAGCACGGGGGAUCAGGCUGCUAAAGGGAACUACGGGCUGCUGGACCAGAUUCAGGCUUUAAGGUGGAUCAGCGAGAACAUCGGCUUCUUUGGAGGAGAUUCCAACCGCAUUACCGUAUUUGGAUCUGGGAUCGGAGCUUCCUGCGUCAGUCUGCUCACCCUCUCCCAUCACUCUGAAGGUCUCUUCCACAGAGCUAUCAUUCAGAGUGGGUCAGCCCUCUCCAGCUGGGCAGUGAACUACCAGCCGGUCAAGUACACCCGUCUCCUGGCAGAGAAGGUGGGCUGUAAUGUCCUCGACACUUCAGACAUGGUGGACUGUCUACGGAAGAAGAGCUCCAGGGAGCUGGUGGAGCAGGACAUACAACCGGCGAGGUACCACGUGGCCUUUGGACCUGUAAUCGAUGGCGAUGUUAUUCCAGACGACCCUGAGAUUCUAAUGGAGCAGGGCGAGUUUCUCAAUUAUGACAUAAUGCUUGGGGUGAAUCAGGGCGAAGGCCUGCGGUUUGUAGAGAACGUGGUGGAUUCGGAGGAUGGUGUUUCUGGAAAUGACUUUGACUUUUCUGUGUCGGAUUUUGUGGACAGCUUGUAUGGAUACCCAGAUGGAAAGGACACUCUUAGGGAGACCAUUAAGUUCAUGUACACGGACUGGGCCGACAGAGACAAUCCGGAGACUAGGCGCAAAACACUUGUGGCUCUUUUUACCGACCACCAAUGGGUGGAGCCGUCGGUGGUGACGGCUGAUCUCCACGCUCGCUAUGGCUCACCAACCUACUUCUACGCAUUCUACCACCACUGCCAGAGUCUUAUGAAGCCUGCGUGGUCAGAUGCGGCCCACGGGGAUGAAGUGCCAUAUGUCUUUGGAAUUCCUAUGAUUGGUCCCACCGAUCUUUUCCCAUGUAACUUCUCCAAGAAUGAUGUCAUGCUCAGUGCUGUGGUUAUGACCUACUGGACCAACUUUGCCAAAACUGGGGACCCCAACAAACCAGUUCCCCAAGACACCAAGUUUAUCCACACCAAGGCUAACCGUUUCGAAGAGGUGGCCUGGUCCAAGUACAAUCCCCAGGACCAGCUGUACCUGCAUAUCGGCCUAAAGCCACGCGUGCGCGACCACUACCGGGCCACCAAAGUGGCCUUCUGGAAACACUUAGUGCCCCACCUGUACAACCUCCAUGAGCUGUUCCACUACACCUCUACGACCACCAAAGUGCCACCCCUGGAGACCACACAAAACAGCUUGUCCACCAAGAGGCCCAACGGGAAAAACUGGCCCUUCAACACCAAGCGCCCCCCCAUGUCGCCUGCCUACAACAGUGAGGAUAAGGACUCUUGGAGUGACGAGGAGACAGGGCCGCUUGUGGUGGACAACCCGAGGGAUUAUUCUACAGAGCUCAGCGUCACCAUCGCGGUGGGAGCCUCGCUGCUGUUCCUCAAUGUUCUUGCUUUCGCAGCCCUCUAUUACCGCAAGGACAAGCGGCGGCAGGACUCCAGCCACGGGCAGCCCAGCCCACAGCGCCAGACCACCUCCAACGACAUCGGCCACCACGCGCCUGAGGAGGAGAUUAUGUCCUUACAGAUGAACCAGACGCACCAUGAGUGCGAGGCGGGGAACAGCAACGAAGGGGCGCUGCGCCUUGCCUCGUUACCUGACUACACGCUCACGCUACGCCGCUCCCCGGACGACAUCCCCCUCAUGACACCCAACACCAUCACCAUGAUUCCCAACUCUCUGGUGGGCAUGCCCAACCUCCACCCUUACAACACCUUCACAACUGGUUUCAACUCCACCGGCCUGCCGCACUCCCACUCUACCACCCGCGUAUAGCUUUAAGGAGGUCGGAGGAGCGGCCGGCGCAGGAGAGAAGGAAAUGGCUGCGGGUUGGCGGAGAAGGAGUGGGAGGAUGAACAAAUCGAGGAGAGGAUUGUGUUUUAUAAAUAUCAGGGGAAGGGCUGUGUGGGGGAGGGGUGGGGAAGGGCAGGAGUGGGAUUAAAAUGUGCAGAGAUUUAACUAGACUUUUACUAUGAGGAGAGUUACUGAGAGCUCUCUGUGGAUGUCAAGUUGUGCAGAGCUGCCAAAAUCAAACUGCUUUCCUUCUCCUGAAAGAGGGGGAGGUGGUCUUUCUGCAGUGGUUUCUUUUUUUUCUAAAAUAAUCAUUUUAAAAGCCUUUUUAAGCAGACUGAGGAGAUAUCAACACUUUUUUUCUUGAAUUCAGAACAAAAAAAUAAAUAAAUCAAAGAGAAGUGCUUUUUAUUUCCCAUCCCUUUCCUCAUCUAGAACGACGACCGCUGCGUCUAUAUUUACAAAUAUUUUUAAUUGCUUCUUUGUUUUGUUUUUACGUUUCAAUGCCUUACUGAGCGCUUUCUUUUCUGUCAUUAUUUCUACUCCCUGAGACAAUUCAACGCGGAGUGUGAGACAAAGCAAGAUAAGACUCUGAGGUGAGAGACUGAAUCCAGGAUGGGAAUCUAGAGGAUAUGCAGAUGUAGAGAUUUUAAAACCCAUUUUGGGCAACUUUUUUUUUUGUUCUUGAUGUUAUUUUUGUUUACUUCUCUGGUGCAUACCAACAUAACAGCCACACAGACAGUGUUAUCUUUUUUUUUUUUUUAACUAGAAAUGAUUUGUGUGAGACUGUUCUUGCCAAGACAUGAGAAGGCGGAGAUGAAUACUAUGUUACUGUGAUUGUUUGAAGAAAAAAAAGUGCAUCUUUUACAGCCUAUUUUAUCUGUUGAGCUAUCUUAUUUUAUGGUUACAAGUUGUGCACGUACACAGGAUGCUGUUUGGUGUGUCUGAGGUGCAUGUGAAGAUGAUUUUGCAUUUGCAGCGUGCAACGGCAGUCAUGAGGUUGAGAUGAAGAAAGAAACAAUGUUGAAACUUGAGUUUUGAGAUUGUGUGUGUGCGAGUAUGUGUGUAUGUGGAUGUGUUUGUGCACCAGUUUUAUUUUCCUGUUCUGUUUGUUUUGCAUCUCACUGUAAGUGUGGGGAGGUGGGGGGGUGGGGUCCAGGAAAGUAGGAAAUGAGUACUUUCUAACGUUGCUGAUUUUGGUUCAACACCAUUAGUGUUUUCUGCUGCGUCUCUGGUUGUCUGUCUUUGCAACAUAGCACUUUUGUUCUUUUAAAAGUUCUAUAUGUCUAAUUUUUGCUUAAUGAAUACAAAAUAAAUAUAUUAUUUUAUGUCUAAGAGAGAAAGAAAAUAGCUAAAGAAUCAGCUGAACUAACUGACAUGAUUCCAUUGACUUUGUAAGAGUUUCUCUUCAACAGCAGACAGUGGCCUGUUUGCACUGACUAAACAUACAUCAGUGCACACUUGUAUUUCUUUGAAUAUAUAUAUAAAUAUGGGCAUACAUACAUAUAUGUAUAGGGCUUCUAUGGAGAUAUCAUUCCCAUUUACAAAUCUAUUAUUACACAAUUUAGACUGAAACCCCCCAGCGUAAAAAAAUGUCGUGUAAAGUUGAAACAACCCAAGCCCAGGAAUGUUCAAGGUGUCUUUGUAAGAGCUCUAUAUGUAUAUUUAUGUAUAAAAUAUUUAAUAUUUAUUUAUGUAUACCAGAUGCAUACAUGCUGAUUGUGCCAUGUGCCAAAUUAAAACUGUAAAAAAUG